AUGGAGGAGAGCAGUGAGGAGCCCCUGACUUUUUCUGUGAGGGUCUUCACUCUGCAGGAGGAGGUGGGGGGUGAGGAGGCGCACAUGGAGACACAGAGAAAGGAGGACAAGGUUCAGAUGGAGAUCAGGAGCGAGCAGCAGAUCAGCGUGUGUGGACAAAGGGAUGGACAGGAGCUCACGCUGCUGCUCAGGACAGACCUGGAGGCUCAGCAGCUCACCGUGCAGGACGCCAACAGAGCAUCAGUUUUCCAGGUGACCGUCCGUGAGGAGACGGACUGCUGUCAGGUGGGAGGACAGUCCUUCCUGGUUUCUGCUGGAAAACUGAAUCUUCUGCUGCAGUUCAAGACGCCGGAUGAUCUGAGGAGCUUCCAGAGGAUGAUGAAGAGAGGAGAUGAUGGAGAGAGAAGUUCCACACAGAACCACGAGAAAGGAAGAGAAACCUCAGAGAGAGAAAAAAAACGUCCCAGAACAACCACAGAGAGGUCCAAAUGUUACCAGUUUCAUAGCUGUCUGAGCCAGCAGCAGAGUCUGCUCCAGGACUACCAGAGGACCGCCACCUACCACAGAGCCAUCUUAGCCAACGAGGUCGACUUCAAAGACAAGGUGGUUCUGGAUGUGUGUUGUGGUUCGGGUAUCCUGUCUUUCUUUGCAGUCCAGGCAGGAGCUUCCAGAGUGUAUGCUGUUGAGUCGGGUCCGAUGGCCAAGUACACACAGAUUCUGGUCCAGGCAAACCAUCUCUCUGAUCAGAUCCUGGUCUUGGAGGGACCGGUGGAGCAGCUCAGCCUUCCUGACAUGGUGGACGUCAUCGUGUCUGAGCCUAUGGGCUACCUGCUGCUCAAUGAAAGACCCAUGGACAGCUUCCUGUACGCCAGGAAGUGGCUCAAACCCAAUGGCCUGAUGUUUCCCUCCAGAGCAGAUCUUCACCUCGCUCCCUUCAGCGACGAACAGCUCUACUUUGAACACUACGCUCAAGCCAGUUUCUGGCAGCAGAGAAGCUUCUACAGCGUGAACCUGAGUGCUCUUCAUGGUGCUGCAGUGGAUGAGUUUUUCAGGCAGCCCAUUGUGGACACGUUCGACGUUCACAUCCUGAUGGCCAGGUCCGUCAAACACUGCAUCAACUUCAUGGAUGUUAAAGAAGAAGAUAUACACAGAGUGGAGAUCCCCUUUGUGUUCACACUGCUCCAGUCUGGUUUGGUUCAUGGACUCGCCUUCUGGUUUGAUGUGGCCUAUCUGGGAUCCAAGUCCACUGUGUGGCUCUCCACAGCUCCCAGUGAGCCUCUGACCCGCUGGUCUCAGGUCAGGUGUUUGCUUCAGACGCCACUGUUUGCAAAGCUGGGACAAACUCUGUCUGGGACGGUGCUGCUGGUCGCCAACAACAGGUACCCCGACAGAGACAUGACAUCCAAAUCACUGCCACAGUCGAUCAGUCAGGCUUCAGAUCUGGAAACAUCCUGGACCUCAAAAACCCUUUCUUCAGGAUGUGACAAUUGUCUCCGGGUGCAGGACACCGUCCUGGUUCCACAGCUAGAGCACUGCAGCACUGCAGAUCUGUAGGAUCAGGACCAGAGGCCUCUCUCUUCCAGAGAGCUGAGCCCCAAAGGAACCUCCAGAGAUCAUCUGAGUGCUGACUUCUUGUUUUAGUGUUGUUAAACAUAUUGCCACUGAUAAGAAAUUACAUAAUAAAUAUUUUUAAUAGUCA